GUUUGAGGUAAAAUGAGAUGUUUGUGGCAUUGCGCAAACUAGCGGGUAACACGUCUACGCUUCCUAACAACACGUCAGAUUUUGAGAACACGAGAGGAAUUAUUUUGACAAGUACUGAUAGAAGAAGGACCAUUAUGCCGUAGAAGACCACCACCACCACCACCACCACCACCACCAUCAUCAUCAUCAUGCCAUUUUCUGGAAGGGAUGCUGUGGUGCUGUGUAUGCUGAUGUGCUGUGUGCCGCUGCAGUACUGGAUCAGCAGAUCCUCACACUCCACGCCAGACCAACGAUCAGCAGAGGUCUACAGGUUGGUGGAGCAGGCCCGGGCCUUUGCUACCAAGUGGUUCACUACGGACUCUUGGAGGGAGUGGCUGCGGCAGAUGUACAUCAAGCACACAGCCGAUGAUUACAGUCAGUGGUACCUCCUGGAUGACGACGAACCACUGGGCGAGUGUCCGGCGGUGGAGGUGUGGCACUACCGCAGCCCUCACGGCACCUUCGGCAUGUCUCCCAAGCCCCGCCUGGAGCACCCCAAGGAGGUGAAGUGGAGGAUAGGCCAGGUGGUGAAGCAUCACACCUUUGGCUACAAGGGUGUCAUUAUUGGCUGGGACCUGAAGGCAAAGGCACCACAGGAGUGGAUCUUAAGCCAACACAAAGAGAACUUGCACUGGCGGGAUCAGCCUAAUUACACUCUCCUUGUUGACAUUGACGGGCGAAAGGUUCCACAGAUUGCUUAUGUCCCGCAGGAGAACAUUGCUCCUGUCAUUAAUAAAGAGGUGAAGCACCCUGACCUACACCACUAUUUUGAUGAUUUUGAUGGCGCACAGUACAUCCCAUGUCCGUGGCUGCGGGCCAUUUACCCAUCAGAUUAGUGGUGCACAGCGUGUCAUUGGUUGUCACCACCCACACUUUAACUUUGGUCUUUCACAUGCACUUAUUGUAUGAAUGAUAUGUUCACAAGUGUUGCUAGUAUGCUUAUUUAUGCAAGUUAUAUUUAUUUUUGUAACGUUUCCUUGGUUUGUGGGAUAGACUAGAGAUGGGACAAAGGUGUGUUAUAUGCAUUGUUUUCUUUUCUGCAUAACAUGGUAAUGGAAAAGAAAUAGGGGCUGAAUAAUCACUAAGCAUAAGAAUGUAUUUUUCUAUAAUCAUAUGAUGUAAUGUUGUACUAUCUUAAGAUUGGCAGGAACCAUGCACUGAUGUAACACUGACACAUCACCUCCAGCAAUACCAAAGGAUGGCAGGAUAAAAGGAAAAACAUUCAUAUUGCUGUAUAUGUAUAAGAUUUGCAAAGAAUCCUAGUGACUCAGGAUCUGUACUCCUUCCAAACUGUAAGUGAAAAUCAAAUGACCUGAGCUUCUGCAGUGCCACACUUAUACACCACAAUGUAAGGAAUUCACCUGCUGUUCAGUAACUCAGCUCUGUUCCCCUUUGUGUUGUACAAAGUUCUCCUUAAGUCAUGCUACCUUUGGAGCAACAUGAAAACUGAAAUAUUUAUCUGGAACCAGGAUAAACUGCCAGUGAGAAUUUGUCACCAGUAUGUUGGUAGGACACCCAAAGCAAUACAGAUCUGACUGUUGCAAGUCAGACCAUGAGUCACUAAAACCAGUCAGUUUUAGGCAGCCUUGAUUGUCCUGUCACCACAUUUCCAUUACCGUUCCUGAUGUAUGCAUGUCAGUGAUGUUUAUUGAUAAAAAAUAAAUGUGGUUGAAUAAACAGAAGGCAUUGACAGUAGCAUCAGGUCACAGUAGCUGUGAUCCUGCCCUAGUGGACAGCACCUUCUUAGCAGCUUAACCAGUUAAGGCAGAAGUUGUCUGUUGUGGCACAGUUAAAAAACGUGUAGAAAACAAGAAGAGUCUGAUUCGCAAAGCAGUAUUUCCACAUCUUGUCAAUAUUACUACAUCUCAUCACCACUUCUUUGAUAAAGCUAUGAUAAGACCUCCCAGCACAUUCCUGAUUACUGCACAAUAGAUUCAACAGAUAUGUAAAGUAUUAUGUAAGGGCACAGUACAACAUCAGGAUGGUCAGUUUUAGUAACCAAAGAUAUGAAUUAAUGCAAGACUUGUUAUUUCACCAUAUUGAAGAGGCUGGAGGAUAAAUCACCACAUCCUGAGGGAGCAAGUCUGCUGAAGGAUGUGACCCUCCAGUCCCUUGUAACAUGUACACUUGUGACAACAUGGGUUGAGUAGUUCUCCCACCUUGCUACACUGCUGUAUUUUCUCAAUAAGCCAUCUCUUUCAUACAACUUUCUUUGUAGGCUUUAGUUUGUAGCUCAUUAUUUCUAGCAUUUAUUGAACAUGAUGCCAUAACAUGCUUUUUUUACAUUCACUCUGUGUUUAAGGAAUUGCUUGCAGUGUGAAGUUUGGAACAUGUAUUGUUGGGAAGAGUAUAUUCAGUCAUCAUCCUCAUCACCAUCAUCAUCAUGUCAUCUCCAUUCUCAUAUUUGAUACUACCUUUGAUAAAUAUUCAAAAGUUUUAAAUACUGUGAUUUCAUAGUAUUGCUAGUGGGACCACAUGUCAAGGGCAGUGGAAUGCUUGAUGCAAAGUAAGGAUCAUGCAGACUGGUCUUUCCUUUGCCAGCACACAAGGUCUGGUUUGUACCCUUCACAGGCUGCAUGCCAGCCUGCACUGCUUCACAUUGUGCUGCAGUGGCUUCCUAAUGAAAAGUUGGACUCCAAAGUUGGUCCAUUAACACCACACACCCUCGCUACAUUCACCAUCCUCCCUCAGUCUUAGAUGCUGCUGACAUUCUAUCAGUCACCAGGUUUUGUAAGGGGUGUGUUAAUAAAUCAGGACACAAGGUUUAGAGAAGGAAGGUGUGUGCAGGUCACUUGACUGGUGGUCUUGCUGUGUUGCAGACCAUCAUACCCUGCUCCACUUGAUACAUUGUGGCACUGUGGCCUCAAGCAAUGAAUCUAGUGAAGCAUGGUGUCCUUGAGUGCCACCAGAUUUUAUAAGCUAUAGAUGUAUUUAUGUACUGUACUGUAUUGUCUAAUGGUGGACUAAAAUGAAAUAUAACAGCAUUGGUUA